GCUCAUUCUCUUCUCCAUCGUAAACAAACAUCUACUCUACUCCCUUCACCUGUGACAAAACUUUAAAACCACUCUAUAUAUACCCACACAUUAUCAAUAAUCUAGUCCAACCGACGCGUCCUCGAUAAAAUCGAACAGACGCUCCCCAAGCAUGGCUAUCCCACGCGCCCUCUUCAGGUACAUCCCCAUGAUCGGGUACCACCAUAUUAUCAUGGUGGUCUGCUCGAUUGCGAUAAUUCUUCUAUCAAUCGUCCUCGCCGGAUGCACCUCUACCAACGGCCUGAGCAACGUGUACCUGGUCUCCCUCAAAUAUAGGGACAUCAACGCGCCGAACCCAGUGGAUCCUGCGAUGGUCAAUCCUGGCAUCGCGGACAAGGUCUACAAUGUGACGCAGCCUCGCAAUGCGGCCAUCACGGAGAUCCGCGCUGCGUAUAUGGGUCUUUGUUUGAUUCGGAGUGAUGGGUUGCGGUUUUGUUCCAACAGCGCUGAAGCGCUGGCUAGCUUGGCCAAGGAGAUUGGGAACUCCACUGCGGAUCCGCUGAAUCUGAUAUGGAUUGCGAAGCGGUUUAAAGAUACGAUGGUUUUUGAUGGGCUGAUCUUCAUCGCCAUCAUCUUGACCUUUAUAUGUUUCGUUUUACUAUGGACUUUUCCAGGAUGGCACGAAGAGGUCAAUGCCGAAGGGUCAGAGGUCGAAGUCAAGCCCUUCCCGUCCAGGCCUGUGUCGCAGGCCGCGCUAGGGCUGAUAGCACUGGGCUUCAUGUUCGGGCUGAUCUCGAUUCUGUGGCAGCACAUCAACAGCAGUGCUGCGGGAACGAUGGCCGAGGGUCUGACGUAUGGCGCCGUCGAGAGCCAUGUAGGGAUAGCGGCCGUGGUGCUCGGAUGGGCUGCGGUGGUGUGCAUGGGCCUUUCGACUUUCGCGCUUCUGAUCAUGAUUUGGAGUAUUGCGUUGAUUCGUGUGCUGACGGAUGACGACUGAUAUCGUUUUUCAUGUAUGUGUGCGA